UGGGGGGUGCCGGGCUGGGCAGGCCGCCGCCGCCGCCCGCCCGUCCUGCUCCUCGUCCGAGUCGCCUGCCGCCGCCGCCGCCGCCGCCGCGGGGAAGGGGCCCGGCCUGGCCUGGCCCGUCCGGAGCGGCGGCGCAGCCAUGGCUCACUCGCCCGUGCAGCCGGGCCUGCCCGGGAUGCAGAAUCUAAAAGCGGAUCCAGAAGAGCUUUUUACAAAACUUGAAAAAAUUGGGAAAGGUUCGUUUGGUGAAGUGUUUAAAGGCAUUGACAAUCGGACUCAGAAAGUAGUUGCCAUAAAAAUCAUUGAUUUGGAAGAAGCAGAAGAUGAAAUUGAAGACAUUCAGCAAGAAAUCACAGUGCUGAGCCAGUGUGACAGUCCAUAUGUCACCAAGUAUUAUGGAUCUUAUCUCAAGGAUACCAAAUUGUGGAUAAUAAUGGAGUACCUUGGUGGAGGCUCUGCAUUAGAUCUAUUAGAACCUGGAGCUCUAGAUGAAACUCAGAUUGCUACUAUAUUAAGAGAAAUCCUGAAAGGACUCGAUUAUUUGCAUUCAGAAAAGAAAAUUCACCGAGAUAUUAAAGCUGCAAAUGUUCUGCUGUCUGAACAAGGGGAAGUGAAACUUGCCGAUUUUGGUGUAGCUGGACAACUGACAGAUACCCAAAUAAAAAGAAACACCUUUGUGGGCACCCCAUUCUGGAUGGCACCUGAAGUCAUCAAGCAGUCUGCCUAUGAUUCAAAGAUUGUUUUGUAUUGCAUGGCAGAUAUCUGGUCCUUGGGCCAUAACGGCGAUAGAGCUGGCUCUAAAGGAGAACCUCCUCAUUCGGAGCUGCACCCCAUGAAGGUGUUAUUCCUCAUUCCAAAGAACAAUCCGCCAACCCUGGAAGGCAACUACAGCAAGCCCCUCAAAGAGUUUGUGGAGGCCUGUCUGAACAAGGAGCCGAGCUUUAGACCUACAGCAAAGGAGUUGUUGAAACACAAAUUUAUAAUCAGGAAUGCAAAGAAAACGUCUUACUUGACCGAGCUCAUUGACAGGUACAAGAGAUGGAAGGCUGAGCAGAGCCAGGAUGACUCCAGUUCAGAAGAUUCAGAGUAGAAACAGAUGGGUCAGGCAUCAGGCGGCAGUGACUCAGGAGACUGGAUCUUCACAAUCAGAGAAAAAGAUCCUAAGAACCUGGAGAAUGAGCCGUUCAAGCCACAGGAACUGGAAGAAAUAAGAACUGGUCAAGUACCAAAGAGGCCUUUGUCUCAAUGCUUAUCUACAGUCAUUUCUCCUCUAUUUGCAGCAUUGAAAGAGAAAAGCCAGGCAAGUGGAGGCAACAUGGGAUCCAUUGAAGAACUGAGAGGUGCAAUUUACCUGGCAGAAGAAGCAUGUCCCGGGAUCUCGGACACCAUGGUGUCUCAGCUUGUACAGAGGCUUCAAAGAUAUUCACUGAGUGGUGGAGGAACUUCAUCCCACUGAAGUAUUUUUUGUUAUUAGGAGUUUUUGUUUUUCCUUCUUUCUCUUUCUUUUUCUAUUUUUUAAAACAAAUCAAGAAGACCCUGUGGUGACUCCCAUGAAGAGGUGUGUGACUGACUGCAGGGAUCAUCUCCCAUGGCCAGAGGAGGGAGAGCUGUCCACAGAACAAACAUUCCUCAAUGUGCCACAGCAAGAUGAAGUCUCCCAGCUGGGUGGUGUGUCAGCUCCUUAAAGCUAGUUUUAUUUUGUUAUUGUUGUUAUUGUUGUUUUUAAUUUUAACCACAGUGCAUAUAUUCAAGAGAAGUCUCUUUUCAAAAAAAGACAAAAACAAAUAAACCAACCCUGAAAUGUAUAUUUGGGAUUGUGAUAAGGCAACUAAAGAUAUUGUGAAACCUCAGGUAUCCUGCUUUAAGUUGAUAACUCCCACAGGAGAUGGAGAAUCGCUCUGUUGGAUCUGUGUACAGAUUUGUAUAUAGUGUCAUUUUGACUGAAACCCUUUCAGCGUGCAUAAGAAAUCACUGUGUACAAAAUGGCCAAGUGCUUCUGUAGAUAAUAUUGGUGGAGUAAAUAUUUGACAGGCCAUAACUGAGUAUAUUGCCUUGCCUUUAUUACUUGUACAUUUUGAAUGAUGUGACCAGUGAUUUGGGUUUGAUUUGGUAUCUGCAGGGUUUGCCAUUGAAUAAUAAUUAUGCCCUCCUAUGGACAACUCCUGUUCAUACCUGAACAAAUGCAGAAUUUUCCUUUUUUUUUUGACCCCCAUAUGUCUUUUGGUACACACAGAGGUUGCUUUCAUUUUUCAAUGAUGGUACUAUUUCUCAGUGUUUUAAAUUGGAACGCGGCUAGCCUCACAAAGCUUUAAAUUAUUUUAAGUUCUCCCCUUACCCCCAAAAUAAGUAUCCUCAUUUCACUUUGGUUUUAAAUUGUACACUGCCAAUUUUGCCACCAGAUGUAUCAUCCCUUUCAGUACUCUAUUCUGUUGAACCUUGUAGUAGAAUCUGAAUAUCAUCUUUCCCACCUAAACAUGUCUGAAUGCUUACAUGAAUAAAUUUUAUAUUACACCAGUUUUGAAAAAUCUCCUUGAAAUGUGACUGAGGAAAGUUGUUUCCUUCCACUAUUUCCUGUCUUGUGUGUGUAUGUGUAUGUGUGUGUGUGUGUGUGUGUGUGUGUCUGCACGUGUGUGCAUGCGCAUAUACCCUCAAUUUUUGAAGGAAACCAUACGGAAGACUACUAAAAGAACUGGCCAGUUUUAAAACACUGAAUCUUAUUUAGGCUCUUGCGCAUUUUCUUGAAGAGAUGUGGAUGAAUGUUGCCUGUGUUUUUGACAGAUACUUGUGAGAUUACUGUACUCAUUUCCUUUAAAACCACAGGUCUAAUUUGGACAGUCUGUCAGUCAUUGUGUUUUUCCCAGUGUACACUGACUUCUUGCGGAGACUACCCUUCCAAGGGUACAAAGAAACUCUUGGUUUCCCUAGAUAGGGGAGGAUCAUUGAAUUGCUUUAGGGUUUCAUUACUAAACGUCUUAACAUAAAGUUGUAUUGAUGUUGGCUCUUUUGUUUCUCAUACGUUUUAAAGAGUGUUGGGUAUCUCAUUGCCUGUCCUUGUGUUAAAGCUAGAAGGCAAGGAAUUCCUGAACACACUUAAGUUGUAUGAAAAGCUUAGGCACGUGAGGCACCUAUUGACUUAGGGCACUAUGUACUGUAAUGAUGAGGAAAAAAAGAUUCCCAAAUGGUUUUCAGGUGCUUGGGCAUUACCUGAAUGAAGGAAGUGCUGUUUUUUUAAACUCUGCCUUCAAUUAUAAUGUGAUAUUAGAAACAGACCUUGGUUGAGCCAUGAAUUUCUGUGUGGGAUACUUUUUGAUUAUGGGAAAUAAUCUAGUUGUGCCUCUGCCCUUGACAAUAUUACAACAGCUAUUUUAUCCUGACCAGCAAUUCUGGGCCUAUUUCAGCCUAUGUUGCUGAGUCUAUAUGGUCAUAAUUAGCUUCCAUGUGCCCACGUAUAUCCUAAAUUUCCGUCGAGUUCGUUUGAAGAAGUAGGGGCCACUAAAAGAAACAAAGAGCUAUUUUUCUCUGGGAGCUAUGUGUUACUAGCAUUGUUUUAAAGGUAAAUGGAAACAUGGCUGUUGUGAAAGAAUUUAUAAAACUAUUGAAACUUAAAAUGAAUAAAGGACAAUCACUAUACUUUUCAGUGCUGAGGCCAGUCUUAAAGUAAAUUUUGUUCUGAAGGGCCAGGCUUAUUAUUCAGGCUUGAUAUUAAUUGUUAAAUAGUCUUUAAUCAAUUUAAAAUGAU